AUGAAGUCGUUGGGCGACAUGGGGAGAUCCGGUGGCCCUUACAAAAACCUAACCCGGACAUUUGAGGUAGUCAUUCUAGGCUUUGUGAAGCAAUGGGCGGUUGCAGAAGGUUUCAAAGAAGCCGUGCAGUACGUCCUCCCUCAGCUGAUGAUGGUCCCGGUUUACCACUGCAUGCACUACUUCGAGCUUCUGCAGCAACUGCAGGAGCGCAGUCAGGACCUGGACGACAGAGAGUGUCUGAAGCAGGCGAUCACUGCGCUGCUGAACCUGCAGUGCAGCGUGGAGCGAAUCUACACCAAGCACCAGCCUCGCCGCAAACCUGGGUACAAAUCCUCGAUUUCAUAUUCUCAACUAUUCCCUAGUUUCUCUCAUGGAAACAUCGAAAGAAAAAGGUGACAUGCAUAGAAGCAGCAGCCGAUGUUAGCCGUCAUGGUUUUAAAUUAUGACGGAAUCAAAUAU